CGAGCGCCCAUUCAUCUCUGCACUUGGGCGUUGGACUCCGCAUCUUAUUAGCAACAAGGAAAAUUUCUCCAUUUUCCAGCCUGUCUACAGCGACACAGACACCUAUCUGGGAUUUUUAUUACUUCUCUUCACCUGGCAGUGUUUUCUGCAAAUUUUAAAUUUUUUAUCCACUGUAACUGGACUUUAGUUUAUUUUUUCCCAGUGAACUUUUCCCAGACAGAGGCAACAGCGAAGAGCUUACGUUUCAAGAAAGAGGCUUGUGGUCUUUGUUCGUUUUUGGAUCAGUUGAGUUUCUUUGUUGGAGCGAAAAGCAUGGGAGCGCAAUUCUCCAAGACAGCUGCAAAGGGCGAAACCGCGGCAGAAAAGCCAGGAGAGGCUGCUGCUUCACCAACCAAGACCAAUGGACAGGAAAACGGCCAUGUUAAAGCAAAUGGGGAUGCCUCUCCUGCAGCCGCCGAGGCUGGAAAGGAGGAGGUGCAGGCCAACGGCAGCGCCACAGCUGAGGAGAGCCCAAAAGAAGAGGCUGAGAAGGCAGAGGCUGCACCCGCAGAGAAGGAGGCUGGAGAGGGGGAUAAGGUAGAAGCCGCUUCUCCUGCUGCCGAGGGAGAGGCAGCAGCCAAGCCCGAGGACGGCGCCACACCUUCAACCAGCAACGAGACCCCCAAGAAGAAGAAGAAACGCUUCUCCUUCAAGAAGUCAUUCAAGCUCAGCGGCUUUUCUUUCAAGAAGACCAAAAAGGAGACUGGAGAGGGGGCAGAGAAUGAAGAGGCGGCUGCUUCCACAGAGGAGGCCAAGGCUGAGGCCACAGAGGGGGCAGCCAGCGAGGAGGCCAAGCCCGCUGAAGGAGAGGCUGCACCUGCUGCAGAGGAGGCCAAGGAGGCGGCGAGCCCGGCAGAGGCUGCACCAGAGAAGCCUGCCGAGGAGGCCAAGGCUGCCGCCCCUGCAGAGGAGCCAAAGGCAGAGGAGAAGCCAGCUGAGCCUGUGGCAGAUGCCAAGGCGGCAGAGGAGGCACCCAAAACAGAGGAGGCUGCCCCCGCAACGCAGGAGGCAGCGUCACCAGAGGCUCCGGCCACAGCCGAGACCACUGAAUAAGGCCGGAGGCGCAAAGGGCAAAAUGGAAGAAAUAAAAAAAGGAGAAAAAAAAGAUAAUCAAAGAACAUUUCCCUGUUUGUAUGUUGGAGUGAUGCCAGGUCCUGGCUUUGGAGAACUUGUCUACAACCAGGGAUAUUUUAAGGCUUUUCUUUUUUUUUUUUUUUUUUUUUUUGUCUUUUGGUUUCCAUUCCCCCUUACACAAAACCCAUCUCGGUCCAUUGUUACUUCCAUUCCAACGGGCUAGGGAGGUGGGUGGCUUAAAUAUGUAAAACAGAUAAAAUACAUCCACACUCUGCCAUGUUUUUUUCAUCAGUAUUAAAUGUUAUUUUUUUCCUUUUUGCAUUUUUAUACAAAAUGUAAACUUGUCAAAAUGUAUGGACAUGCCCAUGGUAUGAAGGAGACGGGGAUUCAGCUGAGAUGUAAAUGAAGGGGCUUCAGGGAGGGCGAGGGGAAAGGAUUCGGAAGUGGCACCCUUGUGCCUGGGAAACGUGCCACAGACUAUUAUGUAAAGAGUAGUCUUAAAAACACAAACAUGAGACCAACAUUCAUAUGCUAUGAGAGGACCAUGCGGUUUAAACACUAAGUCAUUUUUACUCUGAGACAACAAAAAAAAAAAUACAAUUCCCAGCUAGGUUUUAGGAAGUCAUAUAAAAAAUCAUAGGAGCUUUUCACUUCUCAAUAGCUGUACCAGUCAGUGAUUCAGUAGAAAUACAAGUUGUAUAGGCUUUAUUGUUUAUUGCUGGUUUUAUGACCUUAAUAAAGUGUAAGUAUGUAUAGGCGGGGUGUUUUUAACUGUGAUUAUUGUACAAAUGAAAUCUUGAUCUCAAGAAGCACAUGAAGUUUGCAGCUCUUUUUUCCACCCGCUCAUUUUGUAAGAUAACAAUAAACAAAGUCAUCCUGGAAGACCUUUUAAGCAAUUUUGAACUCAACCAAGCUGUGAUAAGUGGAAUGGUUACUGUUUAUAUACUGUGGUAUGUUUUGAUUACAGCAGACAAUGCUUUUUCAGUGGUCUUUGACAAAUUAAGGAAUCUCUAUCAGAUGCAAUGUUUGUGUAGCAUCUUGUCUCUUUUUCUUUUGUAAAUACUGGAGAAGCUUUGACCAAUUUGACUUAGAGAUGGAAUGUAACUUUGCUUACAAAAAUUGCUAUUAAACUCCUCUGCUUAAGGUGUUCUAAUUUUCUGUGAGCACACUAAAAGCAAAAAUAAAUGUGAAUAAAAUUUGA